GAUGAGGGGUCUGAGACACAAAGAGGUUAACCACUUUGCCUCUCCCUGGGCCUCAGUCUUCCCAUCUGAGGACGGGCAUUCCCCUGCCCCUCCCUGGGGCAGUGAGCACCAUGUUCUCAUGCGUGAAGCCCUACGAGGACCAGAACUACUCGACCCUGAAGCGGGCCUGUCUGCGCAGGAAGGUGCUCUUCGAGGACCCUCACUUCCCCGCCACCGAUGACUCGCUCUACUACAAGGGCACCCCGGGGCCCGCUGUCAGGUGGAAGCGGCCCAAGGACAUCUGCGAGGACCCCCGCCUCUUCGUGGAUGGCAUCAGCUCCCACGACUUGCACCAGGGCCAGGUGGGCAAUUGCUGGUUUGUGGCGGCCUGCUCGUCCCUGGCCUCCCGGGAGUCGCUGUGGCAAAAGGUCAUCCCAGACUGGAAGGAGCAGGAGUGGGACCCCGAGAAGCCCGACGCCUAUGCGGGCAUCUUCCACUUCCACUUCUGGCGCUUCGGGGAGUGGAUGGACGUGGUCAUCGACGACCGGCUGCCCACGGUCAACAACCAGCUCAUCUACUGCCACUCCAACUCCCGCAACGAGUUCUGGUGUGCCCUGGUGGAGAAGGCCUAUGCCAAGCUGGCGGGUUGUUACCAGGCGCUGGAUGGAGGCAACACGGCGGACGCGCUGGUGGACUUCACGGGUGGCGUUUCCGAGCCCAUCGACCUGACCGAGGGUGAUUUCGCCAACGAUGAGACCAAGAGGAGCCAGCUGUUUGAACGCGUGUUGAAGGUGCACAGCCGGGGUGGCCUCAUCAGCGCCUCCAUCAAGGCCAUGACAGCAGCGGACAUGGAGGCCCGCCUGGCGUGUGGCCUGGUGAAGGGCCACGCAUAUGCUGUCACCGAUGUGCGCAAGGUGCGCCUGGGCCACGGCCUGCUGGCCUUCUUCAAGUCGGAGAAGCUGGACAUGAUCCGCCUGCGCAACCCCUGGGGCGAGCGGGAGUGGAAUGGGCCCUGGAGCGACACCUCGGAAGAGUGGCAGAAAGUGAGCAAGAGUGAGCGGGAGAAGAUGGGCGUCACCGUGCAGGACGAUGGCGAGUUCUGGAUGACCUUCGAGGACGUGUGCCGGUACUUCACUGACAUCAUCAAGUGCCGCCUACUCAACACUUCCUACCUGAGCAUCCACAAGACGUGGGAGGAGGCCCGGCUGCACGGUGCCUGGACGCAGCACGAGGACCCGAGACGGAACCGCAGUGGCGGCUGCAUCAACCACAAGGAGACCUUCUUCCAGAACCCACAGUACAUCUUUGAUGUCAAGAAGCCAGAAGAUGAAGUGUUGAUCUGCAUCCAGCAACGGCCAAAGCGGUCCACCCGCCAGGAGGGCAAGGGCGAGAACCUGGCCAUUGGCUUCGACAUCUACAAGGUGGAGGAGAACCGCCAGUACCGCAUGCACAGCCUGCAGCACAAGGCCGCCAGCUCCAUCUACAUCAACUCGCGGAGCGUCUUCCUGCGCACGGAUCAGCCCGAGGGCCGCUACGUCAUCAUCCCCACCACCUUCGAGCCAGGCCACACUGGCGAGUUCCUGCUCCGAGUGUUCACUGAUGUGCCCUCCAACUGCCGAGAACUGUGCCUGGAUGAGCCCUCCCGCACCUGCUGGAGCUCCCUCUGUGGCUACCCCCAGCAGGUGACCCAGGUACAUGUCUUGGGGGCUGCAGGCCUCAAGGACUCCCCAACAGGGGCCAACUCUUAUGUCAUCAUCAAGUGUGAGGGGGACAAAGUCCGCUCGGCAGUGCAGAAGGGCACCUCGACGCCCGAGUACAAUGUGAAAGGUGUCUUCUACCGCAAGAAGCCAGGCCAGCCCGUCACUGUCCAGAUCUGGAACCACCGAGUCCUGAAGGACGAGUUUCUGGGCCAGGUGCACCUGAAGGCCAACCCGGACGACCUCCAGGCCCUGCACACCCUCCACCUCCGGGACCGCAGUAGCCGGCAGCCCAGCGAUCUGCCGGGCACUGUGGCCGUGCGCAUCCUCAGCAGUGCCUCUCUCAUGGCCGUCUGACACCUGCCUGCCCACCGGCCCCAACAGGUCUUACCACUAUCUGCAUGUCCCCACCGGGCCUGGGACUAGCACGGGAGCCAGGACCCUGGGGUCCUUUUCCCACUCUUCACUGACUUACUGUGUAACCUUGGGAGGUCUCUGCUCCUCCCUGGGCCUCAGUGUCCUGAGGGCCCCAACACAUUCCCUGGAGGAAUUUUCUUGCCUGAGAUUUGAAAUAGCCCUCCCCAGUCCCACUGUCACAACUGCUGAGGGACUCUAUCCGUUGAAAACAUUUUCCCAAGGCCCUGCUGUCUGCCGAGGAGUGCCAAGAUGUCACUUGUUUACACACAAACUGCCAUGUUCCCCAACCCCGUUCUUGCCCCUGGUGUCUCGGGCCCAACCCCACCUCCCAGGCCUAGCCCUCCCUGCUGCCAAUACCAGCUUUCCUUCCGCCUUGGAAGCACCCUUGGCUCCCACUGGGUCCUGCUCAGGCUGGAAUUGGGAGAUGUGCAGGUGGCAUUUGUAUGUUCUCUAACCCUGUCCACUCACCCAUCCAUCAGUUACACUCAAGAGAGAUUUGUCAAAUGAGUAAAUGACACCCUGGAGGCUCCAUGUGAAGUGAGGCCCUCCCCAGCCACUGGGCUUUGCCCCUGUCCUCAGGUCCUCUCCGAGGCAGAUGCCCAGAGGAGCUGGGCUGCCAGCUCAUUCCAGCUUCUGAUCUCAACCCCAGUCCUUGGUUUAAGGUCCCCACAAGGAUGGUGGCAAUGAGUGUGCGGAAGGGACAUCUUCCCGCCUCUACUGCCUGGUGCUGGAAGGGUAUGCUGGGUAGCGGGCUAGGGCCAGGUGAGUGGAGGGGCUGUGGGGGCCCCAGGGGGGAGGCGUGUGCUCCCAGGCCCCCUAUGCCGCAAGAUCCCAGCUUUCCCUGGGAGAAGGGGACUCUGGGGUGGGUGGUGCCCAGUCUGCCCAGGUCAGGCUACCCACUGGGCUUGGCAGGAGAUGAGUAGUUUCUUUGCCUAACCCGAGACCCCCUCCCCCAAUAUUCCCCCAAAAUGCAGCCAAGGAGACCCCAGUGCUCUUCUUGCUGCCUGGACCAAAAUGUUCAACAUUUUAUAGUCUUUCUCUUUUAAAAACUUCAAUUUUAAUCAAGCGCUUUGAAAGGAAAUUGGAAAGCCCAAGCCUCCUUUUUUCUUCUUGAACUCCAGUUUUGCUGGUCCUCUGAUUUUGUUUUGAUUCCACUUGGGGAGGGACACAGGAGAAGGCGUCCUUCUCAGAGAUCUGGAGGUGGGUAAAGAAGAGGAUGUUCUGUGCCUGGGUAUCUCUCAAGCUGGCACUGCCGUGGUUUUGGAGAACAUUUGUGGAGCGUUGGAACCAGGACUCACUUGGCCUCUCUUCUGUGCCCUUCUCCGGCUUCCAGACCAGGCAUAGCAAAAGUGAAAAUGCUGUUGGUUCAAGAAUGGGAAUUCCUGCAGCCUUCUUGGAAAUUCCUUUUGGGAAUCUGACUUUCCAACCUGAGAUCCCACUGUUGGAUCCCACGUCCUGGCUGAAGGUGCUGGAUUCUCUGACUUUGCCUCUUGCUCUGUGGAUGGCCCUGCUCCUGGGUCCUGGCCCUGAGCCACAUGAGGGACCAAGAAGUGAAAGACAGGAGAACGGGAACAUUCUCCCUGGAAAGCCGGGACAUCCCCCUGGACAUGGGGCUGGGACUCUGCAUGUUCAGGAGCAAGUCACUUAAACCUCCUGUGCCUCAAUUUCCCCCUUCUACAAAGUGGGGCCAAUGCUUCUCGUUUGUCAGCACUCUUACUAGCAAGUGCUGAGUAAGGGCAAAAUACGACCCCCUCUCCAUGUAUCUCUGUAUGUGCACACACUAUAUACACAUUCAUGUAAUCGCCACUGCUCGAUAUCUGUUUCACAUGAAGGCCCCCGGGUGGGGCGGGUGGAGAUAUGCACUGGGUGGAGCCAGCAGGGCCUCUGGGCUGACACAUGGGUCUUUGCUCAGCAUGUAUGUCCCCUGGGCUACAGGGGCAAACCAGGACCAAGGGGCAGACCUGUGGGCUUCAGCCUGGGGGCCAGACACUGCCUCCCACCCCCCACAGAACUGGUUCAGCAGCCCUGCUCUUACGUCCCGCCCCUCGAGGUGGGCCAGACUGGCUCCUGGCUAUGCAGGAAUCUCUGGUCCCAAGAAGCCCCGGGGACUGGGCAGGCCAGGAUGCAGGGUGGGUGGGGAGAGCAGUCACUUUGUUCACCUUGUGCGCCACGGGGGCCUCAGAGGUCCCAUUUGUAGAUGGGUGGGCCUCGAGCCCACACCCCCCAGACCUGGGCAUCCCCCUUCUCAGAGCCCACCACAGGCUCAGGGGAGAAGAGGCCUGUUCUAUUCUCAGAAUAAAUGUUGCCACGAUUCCAGAAAGAC